AUGGAAAUAAAAUCAGUAGUUUCAUUUCUCUUCAUUCUUCAAACAAUCAUCAAUGGUGUCGAUCCGGCCAUAGCUCAAUCAUCUAAAACAGACAGGCAUGUAUGUAGAGGUGGUGAAUCCAAAGGCGUCAAUAUCAUACAUAACAAAGCUUCGGCAUUGGAUAAAGUCUUGGGGUUACUUGACAACUCAAGUAAUUUCCACGGUUUUUACCAUGUCCACGUUGGCGACAAACCUGAAGAGCAGGAAGGUAUAGCGUGGGACACCUACUCUAGCUUUUAUUGUAUGUUACGCUUCUCUACGGGCCGUAAAAUUUUCUCAGUGCUGGAUAAUUGGGCUUGGUACGAUUUGGUGUACGAUAACUAUGUCAAAGCUAUUGACUUAGUAAAGACCAUGGAUAGUUUGACAAGCACGUUAAAGGAGCAAGCAGCUCGAGGUAAUGAUCUUGAGAAAUUUGCUUCUGGAAAGGUAAUAUAUGACGGGGAUGAACACAAACUCUACGCGGUUGCACAGUGCACUCCUGAUUUGUCGAAGGCGGAUUGUGUAAAAUGUUUAUCCGAGGCAAGUACUAGGAUGCGUAGUUGUUGUACUGGAAAAUCACGCUUUGACGGAAAAGUUUUUUCAGCCAAUUGUAUCUUACGUUACUCGCAUGUAAAACUUAUUACUCCUCCUGAAGAGUAUGAUCCUGAGUUUUGUGCAUAA